AUGUUUUCAGAAUCGUUGCAAGUUGGAGUAAUAUCAGUUUUAUAUAGUAUAGGGUCUAAGCCAUUAUAAAUAUGGGAUUAAAAAUGUUAAAAUGGUCAUAUUAAAGUUGUAAAAGAUGAAGAUUUAUUAUCAUAAGUAAUAGAAAUUUAUGGGACAAAUAUAACAACAAAUUAUAUUAUAGCUCCAAAUUAAAAUUAAACUUUUGGUUUAAAAACACCUUUUUUACACAUAUUAGUUAAGAAUGUAAAUUUUUUUAUUUUUUUUUAAAAUAAAAAUAAAAAAAAAUUAAAAAAAAAGAUGAAGUAAGAUUUUUCAUUUGAAAUUAGAAUUUUAGAUGAUAAAAAAGAAAAAAGAAGAUUUAAAUUUAGUAAUUUUUAAAAAAAUACGAUUGUUAAAAGUACUAUUGUUAAUGCCAAACUUAAAAUGAAUGAUGGAUGGAACCAUUUCGUGUUUAAUAUUUAAAAUAUUAAUUAAAAAUCUUACGGUACUAAUUUAAAAGAAGUUACUCAUUUAAUUUUUAAUGCAAAUUGUAGACUAAGAAGAGUAUAUUUUACUGAUAAAUUAUAUAAUCCCAAAAAAGAAAUUGGAGGUGAUUUGCGUAUUUUUUUAAGAGGGAAAUCAGUAUAUUUUUAUAUUUUAAUAUUAUUAGAAAUAUUUAAUUAAAAUAAAAAAAGCCUUAUUAAGAAGAAGAAGAGGAAGAAGAAUAAGAAGAAUAGGAAGAAAAUUAAAAAGAAGAAGAAGAAAAUUGAUUAGAAAAAAAAAAAAAUAUAUAUUUUUCAAAUAAUCUUAACAUAUCAUAUUUUAAUAUAAUUUUUAUUUUUUCAUAUUUUUAUGUAUUAAUAUUUUUUUAUAUAUUUAUUUCAGUUUUUAUUCUUAUAUAUAGCUAAUCCUUUUUAAGCUAAUUCAUUCUCCCAUUGUUUUGAUUCGCCUUCAUAUAAAAUUUUUAAUUUAGCAUUUCUGGACAUUUUAAGUUCUUUAAGAGCAUAUUUCAUUUCUUCAUCAAUAAUUUUUUUAUUAUACUUAUUUUUAUUUGAAGCAUCAUAUUUAACUUUGCUUUCAUGCCAAUUGGUUAUACGUGACACACUAUCUAAUUUUUUAGCAUAUUGUUCUGAUAAUUGGUAUUAGUCGUUCUUUUUUAUUGUUCUUUAAAUAUUAAUCAUCUUUUUUUUUUGUAACUAUUUUUUUAUUUUAUUUUUAAAAAAAAUUAUUUAUUAAUUGAAAAUAUAUUUUAAUAUAAGUUUUUAAUUAAAAAAUACAUUAUUUUUCUUUCUUUUAUAAAAAAAAAUAAAAAAAAAAUUAUAAUAGUUUUUUAAAACCAAUUGCAAUAAUAAAAAAUAUAUUCAUCAAAAUAAUUAUCAAUUAUUUAUUAAUAUAUUGAAAAAAACAGCAAAAUCAAUUAAAAAUAAAAAACCAUAUAUAAAUGACUGA